GCUGUCAGUUCCAUUUAACCUACUCAGCUGCAAUUUGUGUGCAGUUGAUCGGUCUCAUAGUUUUAAUUAUUUGAUAAAUUAUAGUUAAGCUAAAUUGGUGCUAAAACGUCUUCAAAUUCUUAUCACAAUAAGCAAUUGUGUUCCUGCUAUUUGUAUUAAUACUAAUACAACGUGUAAAAUAAUAUUUUUUAUUGCAUCAGCGAAAAAAUUCGCUUAUCCACUAAGUUUUUACUCUGAUGGCCGAAGGUGAAAUUGUAAACGACAAAAGCACAAAAAAUGCUGCUAAUUUAUGUAUAACUACGUCCAAUAGCGCCAAUAUAAAUAACGCUAUAUUGGGUGAAAAGCUAAGAAAGAUUACUGCACUUUUCUUCGAUUUGGACAACACAUUGAUUCCUACCCGCUCGGGUGAUUUGAAAGCUGUCAAAAAGCUAAGUGAAGUGCUCGAAAAUCAGUUUGGUUUGUCGAAAGAAGAAUCUAGCCUUGCAACUCAAUCAUUUCUAAAAGCAUUUCGUCGUUGCCCAGAUAACUCGCAGACAUCUCUAGACUCCUGGCGCACUUACUUAUGGCGUGAAGCUCUUCCACCUCGCUACAAACAUUUAGCUGAGCAGAUCUACCCAAAAUGGUUACAACUUCGUUAUCGUUAUCUAGCUCUAUCGGCCGAUUACGUACAGAUGUUAAUUCGUGCUCGUGAAGCUAAUUUCUUACUGGCGCUCAUUACUAACGGACCAUCCAAUGCACAGUGGGAAAAAAUAAACAAGUUGCACGUAAGUCAAUAUUUCGAUUGCAUCCUUGUUUCAUCAGAUUUGCCAUGGGAAAAACCGAAUCCACAAAUAUUCUACGCCGCCUGCAACUUUCUGGGAGUCCCUCCAUCGCAAUGUGUUAUGUUUGGUGAUAAACUAGAAUCGGACAUUAAGGGAGGCUGUCUGGCUGGAUUGGGCGCCACAUUUUGGAUACCUCUGAAUCCGGGCGAGAUAGACUUGAACGAUAUUCCACAUAAACCGGAUUUUACUCUUAAGCAAUUAUUAGAUUUAUAUAAAUGUUUCCCAACACUAAACAACACUCGGAAUAUACGCUCUAACUCAAAUAGCAACACGACCAGCACAAGCGCACAAAGCAACGCUACUACAACAUCCUCCAUAGUGCAUGGCAAUAACGGUGCUAUAGCUGCUAUACCUCAGUAUCGACGUAGAGGUAGUCAAAUUAGUCAUAGUCGAACCAUAAGUACCUGUUACAGUGAUCUUCAACAUCAUCAAACACAUCAUACUCCACUUGAGUUUGGGCAAGAGUCUAAUGAUGAAUGGUUCAGCGAACGUUUGAAUCAAGAGCAAUGCAGACAACGCCGCGGGGGCUCACUACCAACAAUGGAUUAUUUGAAUAGUGAAGCAGAAAAUAGCUCAGACAGUUUGUUUAGCUAAAUAUUUUUGUAAAGAAGGCUGUGCAUAUUUCUCAGAUAAACACCCCCAACACAUGCUCAUUCUACGAUCCUAAAUAUAAACGAAUGUACAAUGAAUAAAUUGCAAUAAAUCACAACAAAGUAAGGGCUUCGAAACUUCACGUGAUACGACAUAAAUAUAUAUACCUACAUACGUAGCUAUAAAUAAGAUAUGCAUGCAGGUAGCUACCGUUGAAAUCUACCCUUAUUCUGCACACUAACUUGAAUUGGUUGUGCUCUUCACGCUUGUAAGUGGUAUAUACAUACGUAGUUACUUAAGUAUUUAAGUAUAUUCGAAUUCAUAUGUGAAGGAGUAUGUAUAUUUUAAAGGGAAGCAUCAAAUUUACAAGCUAAAAGUUUUUAAUCAAUAUCUAUAAGUUUUGCAAUUUUUUAUUUGCUUUCAUAUUUUGCAUAGUAGUUAUAGUAAUACUUUUACUAAAUAUAAAUAUGUAUUUGAGAGAAAAAAUGUUGAAAAAAGUUGUAUGAUCAUUGAACUUUUUUAAAGGCUAGUAUUGCGUUUGGGACCUUUGAACGUACUAAGAUGUGGGGAAUGGAGGUA